AUACGAAUGUGAAUGAAAUCGAAAGAGAGAAUAAAAUCGAAUGACUUGCCUUUCUUUAGUGGAAACAUGAGUCAGUUUGGAAAGCUACCAGAGUGUUGUGUAAGUGUUUUCAGUGGCUGAAGCAGACCGGCUCGGGUUACACUGCAUCUCCCCUGUUGGGGGUGGGGGACAGCAAGUGACAUAGCAUACAACAGACACUUACAUAACCAUGACUCCAGGGGACAGGAUUAAGCUGUGAAUGAACCUCCCAGACUCCGGAAUAUGAUACUAGAGCACAGCCUUUGAAUUUUUCUCUAAAGCUGGACUUGAAAAUGAGCUUCAGAAACACCUCACUCCAACUAGACUUUCCAUUACCCUCGGAACUUCUUUACCUUCCCUUCUGUUAUUAAGUUCAUGAACUCUGAUCCUUUUAGAAUCAGAAGGGAGCUCAGAAGUCUCAGAGUGCGGCUGUCUGUAGAUUUAACCCAGAGACUGACUUCACCAUAGAAACACCUACAGUUGUAUCAAUGGUUGGGGCAAGAUAGUGGCAACAGGCAAAGGAAGAACAGCUCUGACACACUAAGGACAAUGAGUAUGCUAAAACCAAGUGGGCUUAAGGCCCCCACCAAGAUCCUUAAGCCUGGAAGCACAGCCUUGAAGACGCCUGCUGCCGUUGUAGCUCCGGUAGAAAGAACAACAUCCAGUGAGAAAGCAUCAAACACACCGUCCUCUGAGGCACCAGAGGAGUUUGUGGAUGACUUUCGCGUUGGGGAGAGAGUUUGGGUGAAUGGGAAUAAGCCUGGAUUCAUCCAGUUUCUGGGAGAAACCCAGUUUGCCCCAGGCCAGUGGGCCGGGAUUGUUUUAGAUGAACCCAUAGGCAAGAAUGAUGGCUCCGUGGCAGGAGUUCGGUAUUUCCAGUGUGAGCCUCUAAAAGGCAUUUUCACCCGCCCUUCGAAGCUAACAAGGAAGGUGCAGGCAGAAGAUGAGGCUAACGGCCUGCAGACAACGCCUGCUUCCAGAACGACUUCGCCUCUGUCCACCUCUGCAGCCAGCAUGAUGACCCCCUCCCCAGCAGCCCCUUCAAAUAUCCCCCAUAAAUCAGCCCAGCCAACAACAAAGGAACCUUCAGCUACGUCUCAGAUCAGCAACCUUACAAAAACUGCCAGUGAAUCUAUCUCCAACCUCUCAGAGGCCGGUUCCAUCAAGAAAGGAGAGAGAGAGCUCAAAAUUGGAGACAGAGUAUUGGUUGGUGGCACCAAGGCCGGUGUCGUCCGGUUUCUUGGGGAGACAGACUUUGCCAAGGGGGAAUGGUGCGGCGUGGAGUUGGAUGAGCCUCUUGGGAAGAACGAUGGGGCGGUUGCUGGAACCAGGUAUUUUCAGUGCCAACCCAAAUAUGGCUUGUUUGCCCCUGUCCACAAAGUGACCAAGAUUGGCUUCCCUUCCACUACACCAGCCAAAGCCAAGGCCGCUGCCGUGAGGCGAGUGAUGGCGACCACCCCCGCCAGCCUGAAGCGCAGCCCUUCUGCCUCUUCUCUCAGCUCCGUGAGCUCGGUGGCCUCCUCCGUGAGCAGCAAGCCCAGCCGGACAGGAUUAUUGACUGAAACCUCCUCCCGUUACGCCAGGAAGAUCUCCGGCACCACUGCCCUCCAGGAGGCCCUGAAGGAGAAGCAGCAGCACAUUGAGCAGCUGCUGGCUGAACGGGAUCUAGAGAGGGCGGAGGUGGCCAAGGCCACAAGCCACGUGGGGGAAAUAGAGCAGGAGCUAGCUCUGGCCCGGGACGGACACGACCAGCAUGUCUUGGAGUUGGAGGCCAAGAUGGACCAGCUGCGAACAAUGGUGGAGGCUGCCGACAGGGAGAAGGUGGAGCUUCUCAACCAACUCGAAGAGGAGAAAAGGAAGGUGGAGGACCUUCAGUUCCGGGUUGAGGAAGAAUCCAUCACGAAAGGCGAUCUUGAGCAAAAGAGCCAGAUUUCUGAAGAUCCUGAGAAUACGCAGACCAAACUGGAGCAUGCCCGCAUUAAGGAGCUUGAACAGAGCCUGCUCUUUGAAAAGACCAAAGCUGACAAACUCCAGAGGGAGUUAGAAGACACUAGGGUGGCUACGGUGUCGGAAAAGUCCCGUAUAAUGGAACUAGAAAAAGACCUAGCAUUGAGAGCGCAGGAGGUAGCUGAACUGCGGAGGAGGCUAGAGUCCCAUAAGCCUGCUGGGGAUGUUGACAUGUCACUCUCCUUUUUGCAAGAGAUAAGCUCUUUGCAAGAAAAGUUAGAAGCCGCCCGUGCUGACCACCAGAGAGAAAUCACUUCUCUGAAGGAGCAGUUUGGAGCCCGUGAAGAAACACAUCAGAAGGAGAUAAAGGCUCUUCAGGCUGCCACAGAGAAGCUUUCCAAGGAGAACGAGUCCUUGAAAAACAAGCUUGAUCACGCCAACAAGGAGAACUCUGAUGUGAUAGCCCUGUGGAAGUCCAAGCUGGAGACGGCCAUCGCGUCCCACCAGCAGGCGAUGGAGGAGCUGAAGGUGUCCUUCAGCAAAGGGGUCGGGACGGAGACAGCAGAGUUUGCCGAGUUAAAAACACAGAUAGAGAAGAUGAGACUAGAUUACCAGCACGAAGUAGAAAAUCUGCAGAACAAACAAGACUCUGAAAGGUCUGCUCACGCGAAAGAGCUAGAAGCCCUCAGAGGUCAGCUGAUGGCGGUCAUUGCAGAGAAGGAGAGCGGCCUGGAAGCCCUCAAGGCGAAGCUGGACAGAGCGGAAGACCAGCAUCUGGUAGAAAUGGAGGACACCUUAAACAAACUGCAGGAAGCUGAAAUAAAGGUAAAGGAGCUAGAGGUACUCCAAGCCAAAUGCAGUGAACAAACCAAGGUUAUUGAUAAUUUUGCAUCACAGCUCAAGGCUACUGAAGAAAAGCUCUUGGAUCUUGAUGCACUUCGGAAAGCCAGUUCCGAAGGUAAAUCGGAAAUCGAGAAACUUAGACAGCAGCUUGAGGCAGCUGAGAAACAGAUAGAAAAUCUAGAGAUUGAAAAGAAUGCUGAAAGUGGCAAGGCUAGUAGCGUUACCAGAGAGCUGCAGGGGAGAGAGCUAACACUUAAUAACCUUCAGGAAAACUUGCGUGAAGUCAGUCAAGUGAAAGAGGCUUUGGAAAAAGAACUUCAGAUUUUGAAAGAAAAGUUUGCUGAAGCUUCGGAGGAGGCAGUCUCUGUUCAGAGAAGCAUGCAAGAAACUGUAAAUAAAUUACACCAAAAGGAGGAACAGUUUAACGCACUGUCUACUGAAUUGGAGAAGUUGAGAGAAAAUUUAACAGAUAUGGAGGCAAAAUUUAGAGAGAGGGAUGAAAGAGAAGAGCAGUUGAUAAAGGCGAAGGAAAAGUUGGAGAACGACAUUGCAGAAAUAAUGAAGAUGUCCGGAGAUAAUUCUUCUCAGCUGACAAAAAUGAAUGACGAGUUACGUCUGAAAGAAAGAAAUGUAGAAGAAUUGCAGCUCAAACUUACCAAGGCUACUGAAAACGCAAGCUUUCUACAGAAGAGUAUUGGGGAGGUAACUCUCCAAGCAGAACAGAGCCAGCAGGAAGCAGCCAAAAAGCACGAGGAGGAAAAGAAAGAGCUACUGAGGAAACUGGUGGACCUGGAAAAGAAGAUGGAAAUGAGCCACAACCAGUGCCAGGAUCUGAAGGCCAGGUUUGAGGAGGCCAGUUGUGAGACAAAGGCGAGGCAUGAAGCUGACCUGCAGAGCCUGCAGAAGACGCUGUCGGACACGGAGGAGAGGCUGAAGGCCGCGCAGAAGGAGAACAGCGACUUGAUGCAGGAGAUGGCAGAACUGAAAAAACAAGCCGACAAAGCCAAAGCUGCUCAAACGGCAGAAGACGCCAUGCAGAUAAUGGAACAGAUGACCAAAGAGAAGAGCGAGACUCUGGCCUCCUUGGAGGAUACCAAGCAAACAAAUGAAAAACUACAGAAUGAAUUGGAUACACUUAAAGAAAACAACUUGAAAAAUGUGGAAGAGCUGAACAAGUCAAAAGAACUUCUGACAGUAGAGAACCAAAAAAUGGAAGAAUUCAGGAAAGAAAUGCAGCUGGUGAGGGAGGAUGUGAGCAGCAGGAGAAGAUUCCCUAACCAACCUCCCACUGCCAUAACCCCACCUGUGAGCUCUCUGGGCCGCACUAGAGAAACCCUCAAGCAGGCAGCAGCUCAGAAGUCCCAGCAGCUUUCGGCAUUGCAAGAAGAGAACGUGAAACUUGCUGAGGAGCUGGGGAGAAGCAGGGACGAAGUCACAGGUCAUCAGAAGCUAGAAGAGGAGAGAUCUGUGCUCAAUAAUCAGUUGUUAGAAAUGAAAAAGAGAGAAUCCAAGUUAAUAAAAGACGCAGAUGAGGAAAAAGCUUCCUUGCAGAAAUCCAUCAGUAUUACUAGUGCCUUACUCACCGAAAAGGACGCAGAGCUGGAGAAGCUGAGGAAUGAGGUCACAGUGCUCAGGGGAGAGAGCGCCUCCGCCAAGUCCUUGCAUUCGGUCGUUCAGUCUCUGGAGUCUGAUAAGGCGAAGCUUGAACUCCAGGUCAAGAACUUGGAGCUCCAACUCAAAGAAAACAGGCGGCAGCUCAGCAGCUCCUCAGGCAAUACUGAUACUCAGGCAGAAGAAGACGAAAGAGCCCAGGAGAGUCAGCAAAUGAUUGAUUUCCUGAAUUCAGUAAUAGUGGACCUUCAGAGGAAGAAUCAAGACCUCAAGAUGAAGGUGGAGAUGAUGUCCGAAGCAGCCCUUAAUGGGAACGGCGAUGACCUAAACAACUACGACAGUGACGACCAGGAGAAACAGUCCAAGAAGAAACCUCGCCUCUUCUGUGACAUAUGUGACUGCUUUGACCUCCACGACACAGAGGACUGCCCCACCCAGGCACAGGCGUCAGAGGACCCCCCCCAUUCCACACACCAUGGCAGUCGGAGCGAGGAGCGCCCGUACUGUGAAAUCUGUGAGGUGUUUGGGCACUGGGCCACCCACUGCAAUGACGACGAGACAUUCUGAUGGGUCCAGCCUCGCGCCGGGCUCUCAGGGGCGCGGGCACGUAGGCGACAGAACACCAGCAUCCUGUGUGCAGACUUCCGGAGAACCCACGUUAUUUUUGACCCCAUCCACAAAUCUAAGAAAAUAUUUUGAGCUUUUAGUCUCCCCUUAGAAUUUGAAAUAAUAAAUACUUAGUGGGUGAGUUUUCACCUCUAAUUUUGUCUUCUUGAUUUUUAAAAGUUCUGACAAGACAUUGCACCAGAUGCCAUUACAUUUACUGCCCCGAGGGAACCCUCCUAGAACAAUCCCUACCCUCACAAUACCUUAUUUAAGUAACUUUAAAUUAUGCUGUUACUUUUCAUAUUUGCACUAAAAAUUUCCAGGCUGCGUUUGUAUAUUUAGAUGUUUGGGUUAAGCUCUGACACUGGAAUGAGUUGGAAAAAUGUGCCAUUUUGCAUUUUCAUCUACUCAUUUAAAGUAUUUUAUUCUUAAAGAAGUAUCUGAGCUCUUUGCACUACCUGUUGUCAGUAGUGCCUUUAUUUCAGGCUUGAUAAUACUUGGGUGUGAUUAUAAAAUCAUGAAGCAGGUAAAGGGAGGGGGCAGCCCCAAACUGCUGUGGGGACAUUUUAUAAUCUAUAUGCUGCACCUACUCACUCGACUGUGCUGUUUUGUUCAUUGGUUUUGCAUAAUUUCAGCUUCUAUAUAUUAUAUGUAUAUAUUUUUUAAAAAAAUCUAUAUUUUGGGAAAAAACAAUGACUUUCUUUUCAGAUUUUUACCUUUAUGAAAAAGAAAACACAUCAAGACAUGAUGAACUAGGCCAGAAUAUAACAUCAUGUGGCUUUGCAACUGUUUUUUUCUGUUUUCACUUUGUUUCUUUAUCAGAUAUAAAUAACUGGGAGAGUUUUCUCCAAAUCUGUUUCUUUCUCCAGCAGAUAUCCCCAGCAGUCAAUUAACUAGAUAAUAAGCCACAGUAAAACACCUAAAUUAACCAGUCUGCAAUCUUUACAAGUUUUUUUUACCGUGUUCUUAGAUGAAUGUACGAUGAGAAAUUCAACAUUAAUAAUUUUGGAGUUUCUUAUCACAAAAAAUAAAAAUGAAGGACCUCAACCAUCAGAAGUUUAUCAACCAGUUUGAAUCUAUUUAUCUUCAUUUGAAUGUCUUUUAGAAUAUGUAAAAAGUAAUAAAUGUGUCUUCCAUGCUACAUGUAUAAUAAGAACUUCUAUAAUUGUAUAUAUGCCUUUGAUGUAUUUUUCCCCUCAAGAUUAUCAAACAUGUGUCUGACAAGUGAAAAAUCUGUAAUGAGUUGAAAUUUUUGGUUAUAAACAUAUUAUAAUAGGAAGUGUUUCACAAACAAAAAUGUAAAGCAGUAUUAAAAUUGAGAAAACAAGUGUUCUGUAUCGACUUUAAUAAAUGGUUCUUUUUUGCCAGUGGUA